GAAGUGGCGGCGGUGCAAGUGGCGGUGGUGUUGCUGGUGUUGCUGGAGGGGGAUCGGCCGAGGGUGACAGGUCGGGCAGGAUCCACGACGAGGACGACGAGGACAUCACCGAGAGGGAGGACGAGGAGGAAGACGAGGAUCCCUGCAGCUCGCCCGAACCGGACCUCGAAAACGAGCCGGAACCAAUGGAGGUCCAAGCGUCGGCCGUCACUGCGGCGGCCGCCAAUCUUCACGCGCUCCGGCAACAUGUAUUCAAAAUGUCCGACUAUUGGCAACAACCUCAACGGGGCCCGCCCCAGCAGUCGCCCGGUAUACAGCACAGCCCGAUCUCGAACGCGGCCCAACAGCACCAACAACAGGUGCAGCAACAGUUGCACAGCCCGCUCAGCCAGCAGCAGCAGCAGCAGCAGCAGCAACAGCAGCAGCAGCAGCAGCAGGCCGUGCAACAGGCGAACGCUGCUUCGGGAUUAGGGCAGACGACCAGUCCCCAACAGAUGCAGCAGCAGCAGCAACAGCACGCGAUGUCGAUCGGGCAGCAAACCGGCCAAGGGGGCCAGCAUCAGUCGUCCCCGGUGUCCACCACACCCUCGCCGCAGGCCGAUCACCAGGGUGCCAUCGCGUCGAGCAUGGCCCAGAGCCUGCACAGCCUGGCACAGGCGCAACAGACCAUGUCCCAAGCAUCGAGCCCGUCGCUGGCCGUCCAAGCGGUCCAAGCGGCGCAGGCACUCAAUCAAAACUUGGGCCAAGCGUUGACGCAAGCGUUGACGCAGAACAUGCAACAAAACCUAGGACAAACAUUGCAGCACAAUCUCGCGCAAAGCCUCACUCCGAGCUUGUCGCCCCAGCAACAGCAACAGUUGCUCAACCAGCCGCAGAAUCUGAGCCAGGCCAGCCAGAGCCUGCAGCAAAACAUCCAAAGCCAGGCGCAGAAUUUGUCGCAAACGUUGCAGCAACAGGCUCAGAAUUUGACCCAGAACCUCGGCCAAACUUUAAGCCAACAGGCGCUGCAACAGCAGGCGGCGCAAAACCUCACGCAAAAUUUGCAACAGCAGGCGCAAAAUUUGACCCAGAAUCUGCAACAACAGGCGCAAAACCUGACGCAGAAUCUGCAACAACAGGCGCUCAACAUGGCCGGCAGCAUCGCUCAGAACGGCGCCCUCGCCGGGAUGAACAUGACGGCCAAUCAGCAACAAAAUUCUCAAAACUCGAUGCUGAGUCCAGGCGCGACGAGCCAGGACUCCCACGACGCCAGCCUCACGGAAAAACUCGUCAACGAGCUGCAGUCUCGUGCCUCUGCGGCGGGACUUGGAGGUGCGGGAGGCGCCGGCGGAGGCGGAGGAAUGGGCAACAUCAGCGAACGCACCCUCGAGGAAUGCUGGUCCACCCUGCAACGAUUCUUCUCGCAGAUCUUCAUGCACAAGAGCGCGAUGCAGAUGCACGCGAGGGAGCUCGGCGCGGCGGGUGCACUGACGGGGAGAGCUGGCGGCGGCGUUGCGGGCGGACUGGCGGGGCUGGGCCCGAUCGGCGUUGGACCGGGCGGGAUGAUCGCCGGGAACGAGGUAAAGCCGCACCAGUGCCAGCAAUGCCUCAAGUCGUUCUCCAGCAACCACCAGCUCGUCCAGCACAUCAGGGUCCACACCGGCGAGAAACCGUACAAAUGCAGCUAUUGCGAUCGCAGGUUCAAGCAGCUCAGUCACGUACAGCAACACACCCGCCUGCACACGGGUGAACGUCCGUACAAGUGCCAUCUACCGGAUUGCGGGCGGGCAUUCAUUCAAUUAUCGAAUUUGCAGCAACACCUUCGAAAUCACGACGCCCAGGUGGAACGGGCGAAGAACCGGCCGUUCCAUUGCAACAUCUGCGGCAAAGGCUUCGCCACAGAAUCCAGCCUUCGUACCCACACGUCGAAGGUCAGUCAUUGUUCCAAGUACCCGUGGCAACGAUUAAAGGAGUUGCAACAGCGUGUUGUGUUCCAGCAACACGCCGCCCUGAUCGGCGGCCCCAACGCGACCAGCUGUCCCGUCUGCCACAAACUCUUCCUCGGUGGCGAAGCUCUCAUGGAGCACAUGAAGCACACCCACAAGGAUCCCAAUGCAUCCGGAGUUGCCAUUCCCUCCGCUGACUGCACAACCUCCGUUGCCGGGGUUUACCUAGCGAAGCGACGGACCGCCAACCACCCGUGUCCAGUGUGCGGAAAACACUACGUCAACGAGGGUAGUCUUAGGAAACACCUGGCCUGCCAUCCUGAGACCAGUCAACUUAGCACAAGCCUCAGAAUGUGGCCGUGCUCGGUGUGCCAAGCCGUCUUCACUCACGAGAGCGGUUUGUUGAGUCACAUGGAGCACAUGAGAAUGGACCCCAAGCAUCAGUUUGCGGCGCAAUACGUUUUAAGUCGCGCCGCCGCCGAGAGGCGGGAGAGAGAAAUCCUCGCGUCUUCGAGUUUAGGUGCGGGUUUGGGAGUGUUGGGAAGUCAAACAGGCGGACCUCAAAAUUUGCAACAACCACCAAUGUGCCCUUCGCCGUCGGCUCAUUCGGACAGCAGCAGUGGAAACGGAAGAUUAUCGUCAGCCGGUAGUGAACCUGACUUUUGCGCAGGUACCGGUCUGCUGAAUAACAACAACAAUAACAACAAUAACAACAUGGCGUCGCCGGGGCCGAGCGGUAACAAGCUGAGCGAGAUGCUACGCGCUGGAAGUCAACCGGGCUCCGCGCAACAAUACCACGACGAGAUGCAGUCGCAGCAACAACGGAUGACGGCAGUGAUGGCAGCCGCCGCCGUGUCAGCGGGUUUGCAAAAUUCGGUGUCACCGAAUCUGUCGCCGGUCGACAUGGCGUCCCUGGCGGCUGCGAUGAGGAUGGGGAACAACGGUGACAUGAGCGGCGGUGCCCAGGGAUCGACGGGGCCCCAACAACAGGGAGUACAAGCUACCGGACCGGAACAAACCCUGAGAAUGCAUCAGGCGGAAGCGUUGCUGCGCUCUCAAGCCGAAGCCGCGCUCAGGCUGGCUGUGUCGCAAGCAGCAGCGGCGGCUGCCAGUUCCGCGGUCGGUGGGGACAUGAGACAUCAUUUGGGCCAGCAUAACGGAGGCAGCACCUCUGGCAUGCCUGGACACCACACGAACCAACAGAUGUCUCAACAAGACACCUUACCGCCUGACCUUGGGGAAGCGUUGCGAUUGCAAGAGCAACGAUUGGAACAAGCCUUGAGGCUUCACGGUGAUCCUCGGGCCUUGAGUUUCACUCUCCAGCACGUGGUCAACCAGCAGAACAAUCAGCAACCAUGAAAAUUCAGUUACUACUGAGACGAGUGGACCCCUUGGACGUCGGAUCAGACGGGCCUGCAGCAAAUCGAACGACUGAAU